UGUAACACCUGGGUGAGGCGCUGGAACUUAAUAGUUUCAGUAAUAACCUGAUUGUUUUGUGUGACAGGUUUUAUGGACUCAUUGUCCAGAUCAGUAUUUCACGCUUCUCUCUAUUUUUCUUCUCCUGGUUGGUUCAAGUUGGAGGUUAGUUUCACUUCGGUGUGACGCAGCUAAUUUUCACCACGAAAAAGAUGAAAGUAGAAAAUCUGUGUGACUUGACAUGGAUGUUGAUUUAACAGGUGUAAGCCCUACUAUGGAUCUGCCUGAGGGGCAAGAUGAUGGUAUCCCUCACUCUGAAGUCACUUCAUUUGGAGAACAUGACUACAAAACCAAAGUUCAGAGCCCAGAACAACAGCAGCAGGAGGAGAGACCACCCUCCCCUGUACCCAGCUGUGUGUCCAUGAAGAGCAACCAGUCAAUAGAGCCACCGCUUGGUUUAAAAGGACAUCAUUCUGAAACAGAUCCAGAGCAGCUGCAAAAACCAGUCUCCCCUGUAUCCAGCUGUGUUUCCAUGAAGAGCAACCAGUCAAUCGAGCCACCUCUUGGUUUGAAAGGACAUCAUUCUUCUGCAACAGAGACCCAGGAGGAGAGACCAGAGUCUCCUGUAUCCAGCUGUGUAUCCAUGAAGAGCAACCAGUCAAUCGAGCCACCUCUUGGUUUUAAAGGACAAUAUUCAUCUAAACCAGAACUACAACAGCAGACAUCAGAGGUUCAUAGUGGUCAAUCUGCCCUGGAACAUCAAACAGACUCUGUAUUUAUGCUGCUUGAGGAGAGCAUUGUCACUUUUGUGAGGAAGGAGCUAAAGAGGAUGCAGAAGGUUCUGAGUUCAGAGUGCUCGGAAGAAGAGAUGAUGGACGGUGAGGAGAAAGAGGAAAUGAGGAGCAGCAGAGAGGCAUUUCUAAAAAUCACACUUCACUUCCUGAGAAGAAUAAAGCAGGAGGAGCUGGCUGACUAUCUGCAGAGGAAAUCUCCUGCCAUGUGCCAGCGGAAACUCAAAUCUAGUUUGAAGCAGAAGUUCCAGUGUUUGUUAGAGGGGACUGCUAAAACAGGGAACCCAACACUUCUAAAUGAGAUCUACACAGAGCUCUACAUCACAGAGGGAGGGAUUUCAGAGGUCAGUGAUAAACAUGAGGUCAGACAGAUUGAAACAGUGGCCAGGAAACCAGCCAGACCAGAAACAACAAUUGUAUGCAAACACAUCUUCCAACCCUUGCUGGGAAGAGAUGAACCAAUCAGAACAGUGAUGACAAAGGGAGUGGCUGGCAUUGGGAAAACAGUCUUAACACAGAAGUUCACUCUGGACUGGGCUGAAGACAAAGCCAACCAGGACAUACAGUUCACAUUUCCAUUCACCUUCCGAGAGCUGAAUCUGCUGAAAGGGAAAAGGUACAGCUUGGUGAAACUCAUUCAUCACUUCUUUGGUGAGACUAAAGAGGCAGGAAUCUGUAGGUUUGACAAAUCCCAGGUUGUGUUCAUCUUUGACGGUCUGGAUGAGUGUCGACUUCCUCUGAACUUCACCAACAACGAGGACCUGACUGAUGUUACAGAGUCCGCCUCAGUGGAUGUGCUGCUGACAAACCUCAUCAGUGGGAAACUGCUUCCCUCUGCUCGCCUCUGGAUAACCACACGACCUGCAGCAGCCAAUCAGAUCCCUCCUGAGUGUGUCGACAUGGUGACUGAGGUGAGAGGGUUCACUGACCCUCAGAAGGAGGAGUACUUCAGGAAGAGAUGCAGAGAUGAGGAGCAGGCCAGCACCAUCAUCUGCCACAUCAAGACAUCACGGAGCCUCCACAUCAUGUGCCACAUCCCAGUCUUCUGCUUGAUCACUGCUACAGUUCUGGAGGAUGUGUUGAAAAGCAGAGUGGGAAAAGAGCUGCCCAAGACCCUGACGGAGAUGUACAUCCACUUUCUGGUGGUUCAAGCCAAACUAUGGAAUGUCAAGUAUCACGUUGGAGCUGAGACAGAUCCACAUUGGAAUCCAGGCAGCAGGGAGAUGAUUCUGUCUCUGGGAAAACUGGCUUUUGAGCAACUGCAAAAAGGCAACCUGAUCUUCUAUGAAUCAGACCUGACAGAGUGUGGCAUUGAUAUCACAGCAGCCUCAGUGUACUCAGGAGUGUUCACACAGAUCUUUAAAGAGGAGAAAGGGCUGUACCAGGAGAAGGUCUUCUGCUUUGUUCAUCUGAGUAUUCAGGAGUUUCUGGCUGCUCUUUAUGUCUUUCUGACUUUCACUGACUCCAGUGUUGAUCUCCUGUCCCAGUCGAAACGCUGGUGGUCCAAAAUAUUAACAGACAAGUCUAAACUAUCACAUCUCUUUCAAAGUGCUGUGAACAUGGCUUUACAGAGUCCAAAUGGUCACCUGGAUCUGUUCCUCCGCUUCCUCCUGGGCCUUUCACUGCAGUCCAAUCAGACUCUUCUACGGGGCCUAAUAACACAGAGAGGAAGUAGUUCACAGAGCAAGCAGGAAACAGUUCAGUACAUCAAGAGCGUGAUCAGGAAGAAUCUCUCCCCGGAGAGAAGUAUCAAUCUCUUCCACUGUCUGAAUGAGCUGAAUGAUCAAUCUCUAAUGGAAGAGAUCCAACAGUACCUGAGUUCAGGAAGUCUCAGCACAGACAAGCUAUCUCCUGCUCAGUGGUCAGCUCUAGUCUUCAUCUUGCUGUCAUCAGAGAAAGAGCUGGAUGUGUUUGACCUGAAGAAAUAUUCAGCCUCCGAGGAGGGUCUUCUGAGGCUGCUGCCAGUUGUCAAAGCCUCCAAUAAGUCUCUGCUGAGUGGCUGUAACCUGUCAGAGAAAAGCUGUGAAGGUCUAGCAUCAGUUCUAAGCUCUUCUAGUCUGAGAGACCUGGAUCUGACUAACAACGACCUGCAGGACUCUGGAGUGAAGUGGCUCUGUGCUGGACUGGAGAAUCCACAGUGUCACCUGGAAACAAUGAGGUUGAACCAAAACAAUCUCACAGACAAAUGCUGUCAGGAGUUAGCAUCAGUUCUCAGCAGCAAAUUGUCUAGUUUGAAAGAGCUGGAUAUGAGUUACAAUGACCUGCAGGACUCAGGAAUGAAGCUUCUUUCUGCCGGACUGGAAAGUCCAAACUGUACAUUGGAAAUACUCAGGCUGAGUGGCUGUAAUCUAUCAGAGAGAAGUCAUGGCACUCUGGCCUCAGUGCUGAGCUCCCAGUCCUCUGGUCUGAGAGAGCUGGACUUGAGUAACAAUGAUCUGCAGGAUUCAGGAGUAAAGCUGUUCUCUGUUGGACUGGAGAGUCAACAUUGUAAACUGGAAACUCUGAGGUUAAAUAAAAUGAGGCUCACUGAGAAAUGCUGUCAGGAGUUGUCAUCCGUUCUCAGCAGCAAGUCCUCUCUUCUGAAAGUGUUGGACUUGAGUGACAAUGACCUGCAGGAUUCAGGAAUGAAACUGCUCUCUGUUGGAUUGGCAGGUCUACACUGUCCACUCUAAACACUCAGGUUGAAUCAAACCAACCUCACAGAGAAAUGCUGCCAGGAGAUCUCAUCAGUUCUCAGAUCUGAGUCUUCCAGUCUGAGGGAGCUGGACCUCAGUAACAAUGAUCUGCAGGAUUCAGGAGUGAACUUGCUGUCUGGUGGACUGGGAAGUCCACACUGCCCACUGGAAAUGAUCAGGUUAAGUGGCUGUAAGCUAUCAGAAAGAAGCUGUGAGGCUCUGGCAUCAGCUCUCAACCGCCAGUCUUCUAGUCUGAGAGAGCUGGAUCUGAGUAACAAUGACCUGCAGGACUCAGGAGUGAAGCUGCUCUCUGUUGAACUGAAGAGUGCACACUGUACACUGGAAACUCUCAGAUUGAAUCAAACUAGACUCACAGAGAAAUGCUGUCAGGAGUUCUCAUCAGUUCUCAGCUCCCAGUCUUCUAGCCUGAGAGAGCUGGAACUGAGUAACAAUAACCUGCAAGAUUCAGGAGUGAGGCUGCUUUCUGCCGGACUUCGGAGUCAAAACUGUAGACUUGAGACUUUCAGGUUGUCAGGCUGUCUGAUCACAGAGGAUGGCUGUGCUUCUCUGGCCUCAGCUCUGAGCUCCAACCCCUCCCAUCUGAGAGUGCUGGAUCUGAGCUACAAUCACCCAGGAGACUCAAGUAUUAAUCUACUCUCUUCUGGACUGGAAGAUCCACGCUGGAGACUGGACACACUCAGUGUCGACCAUGGUGGCAUGCAAUGGCUGAAAUCUGGUCUGAGGAAGUAUGCAUGCAAACUCACAUUGGACCCAAACACAGCACACAAAAACGUCCUCCUAUCUGACAACAACAGAAAGGUGAUGCUGGCAAUAGAGAAGCAGCCAUAUCCUGAUCACCGUGACAGAUUUGACUGGUGCUAUCAGCUGCUGUGCACAACUGGUCUGAGUGGUCGUUGUUACUGGCAGGUUGAGUGGGAAGCAGGGGUGGAUAUCGGAGUGACUUACAGAGGAAUCAGAAGGAGAGGAGCUCGAGAUGGCAGCAGGCUUGGGUGGAAUGAGAUGUCAUGGAGUCUAGAGCUCUCUGAUAAAUGUUACUAUGCUUGGCAUAAUAACAUAAGAACAGCUCUUCUCACCCCUCCCUCCACUUCCUCUAAGAGAGUUGGAGUGUAUCUGGAUUGGCCUGCUGGCUCCCUAUCCUUCUACACAGUCUCAUCUGACUCACUGAUCCACCUGUACACCUUCUACUGCACCUUCACUGAACCCCUCUACCCUGGUUUUGGGUUUUUGUCACUUGAGUCGUCAGUGUCCUUGUGUUAGGAUAUUCUAACAUCAGCAUGCUCACAAUGACAAUUCUAACAUGCUGAUGUUAAGCAGGUAUAAUGUUUACCAUAUUCACCA